AUGCUCCCCACCUGCACGAGCAGAAGGAUUUUAAGGAGAGGAGUCCCGUUCGUGCGAAGCAUCGAAAAAUUCUUUUUGUGCUUGCCUUCGAAGCAGCUGGCGGAGAGCGAGCGCCAGAUCCUCGCCGACAAGGCGGCAAAGGGCGCCGCCGCCGUCGAGUCCGCCGCCGCGUCGCUCGCGUCGCACGACGAGACGGUGGCGAGGAGCCGCGCCGAGUUCGACGGCCACGCCGCGACGAGCGCGGAGCUGCAGGCGAAGCUGGCGGCGAGCCGCCCGCGCGCAGAGGCUCUCGAGGCGGAGGCGGCGCGGCUGGGCGAGGAGCAGCGCGCCGCCGCCGCCAAGCUCGAGGAGGGCGUCGCCGCGCGCUCGGGCGGCUCGAUGAACGAGCGGCUGCGCGCGCUGAUGGAGGCCAAGCGGAGUGGCUCGAUCCCGGGGCUGGUGGGGCGGCUCGGCUCGCUCGGCUCGAUCGCGCCCGAGUACGACUGCGCCAUCUCGACCGCGUGCGGGCCGCUCGACUGGAUCGUCGUCCGCGACACCGCCGCCGCGCAGCAGAGCGUCGAGCUGCUGCGCGAGCGCGGGCUCGGCGUCGCGACGUUUGUCGUCCUCGACAAGCAGGCGCACCUCGAGAAGCGGAUGGCCCGAAUCGAGACGCCACACGGCUCGCGCCGCCUCUUCGACCUCGUGCAGUGCACCGACCCGGCGCACCGCGUCGCCUUCUACUUUGCGCUGCACGACACGCUCGUCUGCGGCGACAAGAAGCUGGCGAGCGACGUCGCGAUGGGCGGCGCAAAGCGGUGGCGCGUGGUGACGACUGACGGCGUCGUCAUCAACCCGAGUGGGACGAUGGAGGGCGGCGGCAAGCCGCUGCGGGGCCGGAUGGGCGGUGCGCAGAGCGAGGGGCUGAGCGAGGCUGAGCUCGCCAAGCUGCGCAAGCAGAUCGACGCGCUCGGCUCAAAGCUCGACGCGGUCAAGGCCGAGCGGGCGGCGGCGCAGUCGGAGGCGCGCGAGCUGCAAAAGGAGGCGAAGCGCGCGCAGACGGUGCACAACAAGCAGGCGAUGCAGCUCGAGGCGGCCGCCGCGCAGCGGGCCGCCCUCGAGAAGCGGCUCGACAGCGCGCGCGCGGCGAGCCAGCCGAGCGAGGCGGAGGUGGCGCGGCUGGCCGAGCUCGCAAAGGAGAUCAAGGCGCUGGGCAAGCGCGUGGGCGAGGGCGAGAAGAAGAAGUCGUGGUAA